AUGCAAAGUGUUUUCAGAGCUAAUAAGCAUGUUGCUAGUAUAUCCAAGACUUUGAGACCUUACUCAACUAUUGCCAUAUCGCCAAAUGAGGAUGUAGCUUCAGUUAAUGAUGUUUUCAAAUCAAGCCCUGUCACUACAACCACAUCUACAACCACUACAGAUCAAAUGUCAAAUUCACAAAUAAAAACUAUUCUUCAAAAUUUACCAUCAGCAAGACUUAUAGAUUCAUACAGAACAAGUUCAUUACAUGCUACUGUCUCUCCAGAUGUGGAAACUACUCGAAAUUAUCAAAUUCGUCAAGAGUUGAUCAAAUUAAGAGAGGAAAGAAAUUAUAAUAAUUUACUUGCACUUUUACAAAUUUGGUCAGCUAGAGAUAUUGACAAUAUGGUUGAAGUGUUAGGUCAUGAUGUUAUAAGUGAUUAUCUUACGGAAUUAAUUAGUUUCGGCCAUUUGGCAGUACAUCAACAUUAUAAUUUAAAUCCAAUAUUGAAAUCAUUAAAACUUCAAAAAAAUGAAACUACCAGAAUUAAAAGUAGAAGAUUCACUCCUAGAGAGAAAAAUUUUCAAAUUAGAACCAUUUACAAAAACUUGAUUUAUAAUUCUAGUUCCAAGGAUUUCUUUUAUGAUCUUGAAAGAAGACAAGAUAUUUAUAAAAGUGAGAAUUUAACUGGAUAUAAAUUAACAAUUAAAGAUUUCGAAAAUUUAAUUCAAUUAGAACUUAAUAAUUUCAAACUUGAUAAUGCAUCAAGAUGGUUCAAAUUGUUUAGAAAAUAUUUUGGUGGAAAUGAUGGAUUCCAAAAAUUCAUGACUCCAAAAUUAUGGCAAUUAGUGUUUCAACUUGAAGCCAAUGGUGAAAAUAAACAUUGGGUAUUAAAAGGUACAGAAUUAUCAAUGUAUAAAGUUAAUCCAUUAAGUGAUGCUAUGAAUGUUAAGAAAUUUAAGAAAUUUCUGAAUUUUUCCUUUUCUGAUUUUCAAGAUGAAUCAAUUUGGCCAGAUUUAACAUUGGAUUUCCAUGGAGCUGUUGUUCAACAUUUUGGAUAUAAUGGUAAUUUAUCACAAUUAAAAAAAUAUGUUCAAUUUAUAUGGGGUGUUGAUGAAUCAGGCAAAUUGGUUGGUAAAAAACUCAAUCCUGAUGAUAGAUUAUAUCCAGAUAUGAACCUUUUAAAAAAUUUAUUUGUUUCAUUAUCAUAUAGUGGAGAAUUCUUUUCUGCUAUCAAAUACGUUAAUGAUUUUCAAGCAAUUUAUGAUUCUAUUAAAGGUUAUAAUCCAAAGGUAUUCUGGGAAAGAGUGUUCAAUAGAGCUCACAUUACUACUUUAUAUGAUGAAGAAUGUGCCUUUAAAUAUUUCUUGAAACAAAGUAAUUAUUCAAAUAUCAGUAUAAACUUAGAUGAUGCUCAAAAGGAUGUUAAUUUUGAUUAUGAAGGAUAUUUACAAUUUAUGGAAAAAUUGAAAACUGAAAGACGUAAUGUAUUUGGACAAAUUUGGAAGAUUGUUGAUAAUGAAAAUGAAAUUGCUUAUUCCAAUUAUAUUUAUAAAACUUAUUUGAAUUAUUUGAAAGAAGAAAUUGAAGAAAAUGUUGAACAAUCAUACUUCAACUAUUUAUCAUCCUUGUUGAAACAAUACCAUUUCUAUUAUACUGACCCUGCAUCAUUCACCAGAAAGUCUGAACUGGGAUUCACACCAACACCAAAAUAUGAUGAAUUUAUCAGAGUUCUUUACAAUGAAGCAAUCAGAGCAUUGAUAGAUUAUAAAGGAAUGAAUCUAUUAAUAGGUCAAAUUGAACCAUUGAUUGAAAAAUGGAGUAUUGAUGAAGAAAUGAAGCAAGAAUUGCAUGAAUGGGUUAAUGAGGAAAGAAUGAUUAUCUAUAAAGAAAAUCUAGAAACAAAACGUGCAGAAUAUAUGAAUAAUUUAAUGGAACAGGAUAGUGAAGAAGAUGAUAAAUUUUUAAGCUUACUAUAG